AUGUCUGAGGCUCCACGUGCUGACAAGCUGGCUCACGAUGAGGAGAAGGGCCAGUGCCAUCAUCUGGAGAAGCAUGAAAGCCAUGCUUCUGCAGCGAGAGAUGGCACAGGCGCUCGCAGCAAGACCAACCCAGCCGAGAUCAGGCUUGUUCGCAAGCUGGAUUGGGUCAUCCUUCCCAUGCUCUGGAUCAUGUAUUGGUUCAACUAUCUCGAUCGAAAUGCCAUCACCGUCGCUAGGCUGGAUAACUUGGAGGAAGAGCUUAACCUCUCUUCCACAGAGUAUCAGACAUGUGUUUCUAUCCUCUUUGUGGGAUAUAUCCUCGGGCAGAUUCCAUCAAACAUGCUCAUGACUCGUCUUCGACCCUCCCUCUUCAUGUCCGGAGCCAUGGCACUCUGGGCUGUCGUGAGCACCCUCACCGCCAUCGCAAAGGACUUCAAGGGCCUCCUCCUCACUCGUUUCUUCCUCGGCAUUACCGAAGCCCCCUUUUACCCCGGCGCCCUCUACAUGCUCUCGAUUUUCUAUACUCGCAAGGAAAUUGCCACUCGAAUCUCGAUCCUCUUCACAGCCAACAUCUGCGGAACGGCAUUUGCCGGGCUCAUAGCCAUAGGAGUCUUUGAGAUGAGCAUAAUCACCUUUGUCAUCUCGGUCACGUCAGCUUGGAUCCUCCCAGACGAACCCAUCAACACCCGCUGGCUCUCCGAGGAAGAGAGGGAACUAGCCCACUCGCGAGUCGCGGCCGACACGGUGCAGAUCAAAACCAACACGACAACUUGGGCUGGCCUCAUCGACGCCUGCCGGGACCCUCGGCUCUGGGUUCUCAUCUUCAUGCAACAUUUUCAUAUGGCCGCCAGCAAUUUCAAGAACUUUUUCCCAACCAUCGUGGGCACGUUGGGCUUUGGUCGGAAUGUCACUCUUGCUCUGACUUGUCCGCCGUAUAUCAUCUCGGGAAUUGUAUGCAUUGCAUGGGCUGCCAACUCUGGUCGAAUGAAUGAGAGGACUUGGCACAUCACUGUGGCCAAACUCAUUGCCGUCUUUGGCUUCAUCCUUGCUUGCACCACCAUGAACGUAGGUGCCCGCUACUUUGCAAUGUGCGCCUUUGCAAGUGGCGUCUACGCCUGCAACAGCGUCAUCCUCGGUUGGGUCUCUAGCACAUGCGGCCAAACCAAGGAAAAGAAGGCCAUCUCCCUCGCUAUAGUGAACACAAUCGCCUCGCUAGGUCCCAUUUACACGCCUUAUCUGUGGCCCCAGUCGGAUCAACCUAGGUAUACCAUUGCCAUGUCGAGCAGUGCUGCGUUUUCUGCUGCUUCGGCGUUGUUGGCUUGGCUUAUGAGGUGGAUGUUGAUUCGUGAGAACCGCAAGAUCAGACGGGAGAACAACGAGGAGAGGCUCUUUUAUGCCUACUAA